AUGGGGAAAAAAAGCAAAUUAAAUAAAAGGGGUGAUGGUUGUGGUGAAUAUGUUGAUGAUGUUUAUAAUAGCAUCAAUAUCAAUAUCAAUAACAAUAGCAGUAGUAGCAGCAUAAAUCAACAAAUCAAAAAUGACAUCAAUCUAAAAAAUAAAAAAUUAAAUAAAAUCAAUAAUAAUAAAAAUAAUAAUAUUAUUGAAAAUAAUUACAUUGAAACAAGUUUAAAUAAUAAUAAUAAUAAUAAUAAUAAUAAUAAUAAUAAUAAUAAUAAUAAUAAUAAUAAUAAUAAUAAUACUACAGAUGAAAAUCAAAACACUAGUGAUGAUAGUGAAAAAUCUGAAAUUGGAGAUGAAAAUAAUAAUAAUUCUAAAUUGGGAAAAAAAAUGUUAAAUCUUAUUGCAAUUUUAGAAUGUAUGGGUUGUAUGGGCGAAAUGAUUUUAGUUUCAAAUAUUUUAAAUUUCCUUAUUGUUUUAAUUAUUGAACCAUACAUUUUUGAAUUUUUAUUAUCAACUGAAACAAACAACACCACCACUACCACCAAUACCACCAAUAAUAAUAAUAAUAAUAAUAAUAAUAAUAAUAAUAAUAAUACAGCUCUAUAUACUUCAAGGUCAAUUUCAUUUUUAUUAUCAAUAAUAUUAUGUAUUUUUUACAUUUUAAAAAGAUUUGGUUCCCUUUUAAACUUAGACUCAAUUAAAAAAUCAAUUAAUUACGUUAAGAAAAUUAAUGAAUCUCCUUCAAAUCUCAACCACCAAAAAAAACAAUACCACACUAUCAAAACUCCAAAAUGCUAUGAUUUAAUUGAUCAAUCUCAAAUCUCAAAUUCAACUACUAAUUCAACUAAUAACACCAUCAAUGUUAUUAAUACAUUUCAAACAUUUGAUCAAUUAAAAUUACAAUAUAAUAAUAUCACUAGUUUAGAUUGGUUUAAAAUUAUUAUAUUUUUACUUGUUGGUCCAAUUUAUGAAGAAAUUUUAUUUAGAGGUGUUAUAUUUUAUAUUAUGGUUAAAAGAUGUAAAAGUUUAUUUAUAUCAGUAUUAGUACCAAGUAUAUUAUUUGGUUUAUUCCAUUUAAUAAAUAUGUUUAAUGGAUAUUUUUCAGUUUAUUAUGUUGGACUUCAAAUUCUUAUUGGUACACUAUUUGGAUUAAAUUUAUCAUUAUCAUUCUAUAGAGAUCAAACUAUUUAUACUCCAAUUAUAAUGCAUGCUUUUAAUAAUUCACUUUCAUUAUUUAUGCCAACUAAAAUUUCAAAUGAAAUUAUUCCAAUCCUAUCAUUUAUUAUAACCUAUCAAUUUUUAAUAUUAAUUUAUCAAUUUAAAUUUAAUUUUAAAAAAACUAAAAUAAAAUAA